CUUGGAUCAGAUAGAUCUCUCAGUCAUGACGCUGGGCCGAUGAUCGCUUCAGAUAUGAAAAUCUCUUUAUAACACCCCCUACAUCCCUUGGCUGCUCAAAUGCAGUGCGUUGCUGCCGCAGCUCCAAAACCAACCUUUGCGCCCGUGCCAUUCCUCCCAGAUGCCACUCCGAAGACCAGCCUCCCCGCUCUCGCUCGAAGUCUGCCCGCUUUCGACCUCCGAUUUGGAUAGUGAUGGGUUUAUUGGUUCUGAUGAUGAGCAGGAUGAGCCUGCCCGUACUGCACAACGCCAGCGGAUUGAGAAGCUUGCCGAGGCGUACCUCCAGGGCACUCCUCUCUUUAUCCUUUCCGCUUCCCUCAAAGGACCUUUUGAGAAAAACUGGGUGAAUCCAUGGAAAAAGAACAGGAAGCGCACCACAAAUGCAGAGCGUCAUCAAGAGGCCGAGCCCGAAGAUCUGGUGAUACAGGAGACCGAUCCGCGGAAACGGAAACACGUCUAUGAUUUGCAGGAAGAGCCUCAGGAGUCAAGGUCAUCCUCGAUCGUUCGACCGCAGCCAGCAUCUACACACUCACAUCGUGGAGAAGCAAAGAAACAAAAACACCAGAAGCCACGGAAGGAGAACCAUAGUCGGGAGUCAGCAUCCACACAUGGCACACCAAAGAGAGCUUUACCUUGGUCUGAUUCGACCUCACGAUUGGAAGACGUCACAACAUCCAAGGACAAGGACACUAGCUGGUUAAAGAAAGACCGUAAACAAAUUGGAUUCCAUGAUUUCGACCCUCCUACUUCUCCUACGACACAGUUCUCUGCCCGUUACUCAGAUACAAAAAGCCGUUCGGUCAGAAGCUCCCCUCUCAAACAGCAAUCUGCAGCCCCCAGUCCUGUCCAGAAUUGGAACUAUGGAGAACCGGAUUCAAAGAAGGAUACGCACUCCCAGGUGCAUACAAACCCACCCGCUUCUCGCUCCGAUGAUCAUGCACCAAAACCCAUUGGAUCUCUACCUUCGAGACCGCAGCGUAGUUCGCAUUCAGAACGGACCGAUAAUCCUUCUGAAGCUCUCAACCCAGAGACUUCAUUAUGUGUUGUAUCAUCUUCAUCUCAACUACCAAAGUUUGAAUAUCGCAGGCGGAAGUACCCUCUACAUGAUAAAGAACAUUCACGGUCCCCAUCUACCAAAAGCCCAGCAAAAAGACCAGAAAAGCCACGCUUAAGUCCAUCGAAGCCCACCGAAGAUGUGACCCGUCCGGAUCCACAGGGACAGACUGCUAUAAAGCCACCACCAUCGGCAGAGACCAAGGAGCCUGCCCAAGCGGAAACCGACCAGUAUACCCGGUGCACCUUUACUUCAACCCGAGAUUCUAAUGCUAUCGACAACAAGUCCGGCUCAAACCUGGGCAAGGCACAGCUCGCAAGCCACACCACUGGAGGGAAUACAAGUGAUAGGUUUCCUUCCGCUCAGCAAGUGCCACAGUUUCCUGGCAUCGUGGAUAAUAUAACAUCCUUGCAUUCGACGGUAGUCCCACAGGGUGAUUCUGAAUAUGACGGAGACACUAGCCCGGAUAUGUAUUUCUCUACACAGGCAGCUGUUCUACGCGCACAGAAGUCUUUCCAGGACGAUCUGGAGAGUCCAGAACGGGAUCAUCCAGCAACCUCGGCAAGGAAGCGACGUGCCUCUCGAUCUCCCUCUGGCUCAGCAAAUUCGAAAAACAUAACGCCAUUUCAUCGACUGAAUACACUCAGUGAAUUCGCCAAUCGCGAUCAAUCAAAACCAGCUGGGGCAGAGGGGCCGCCGAUGAUGAGCACCCAAUGCAUUAUCGAAUCUGUCACUCCCUUCACGUUUAGUACAGAAAAGAAACCAAAAGCUCGGAUUGACUCAUCGUCAAGGACGAAAUCGAGUAGCAAGAAACGGAAGAAGACCAGUUUUCAAAUGUCGUCAUCCCCGACACCCAGAGAUCAACAUUCGUCCAUAGAAGAUGAAAACGGUUCUGAGAGUUCGAGCUCUUCGCCAGAAACAGACCUUCAUACCCACCCCGAGCUCAACGCACAUUCAGGAAUCAAUCAAUCAGACACUCAAACAACCGGGUUACCAUUGACCUUGGAGGGAUCAACCCUGACUGCGGCACAGGACGGUCAAGGAGGCAUGGUUGGUGCUGAGAGCUUUAAUCUUAGCCAAGCUAUUGCGGAUGCUGGAAGCUGGUUACAACAGAGUUUCGAUGUCAACAAAGAAAUCCAGCAAUGCAGCAGUAAAAAGCCUGGGCCAUCUUCAUCAACAGACCAACAGCGGCCUGCACCGAGCUUGGAUGCUAUCCAAUAGUCAUUUCUUGGGCAUGAAUUGAUUAUCUUGAAAAGCGGGUUUGUCAAGGGAUUUUGUGACUUACCUUGGUAUAUGAGAUGUUGUAACGAGCGAUUAUUUUUUUUUUUUUUCUUUUCUUAGCAUUUGCAUAGCACCUGGAUACCUUUUGAUAGAGAUAUAGAGAUGCAUGAGCUGGGCUUU